UUUGACUUGACCUAUGUGCAGCGCCUAUGUGACCCAACCACACAGAAUAAACCGAGACACUUUUGGCAUGCACAGAGAAGAGACUUCACAGGAAAGGUUCAUGGUUGCGGAUAAAAAGCGUUUUGAAGGUUCAGCUUCUUCUGCACACUGAAGCUGUGAAAAGUUAAAACCCCGAAUAGGGGCGGGGAUGGGCAUGUCUUGGACUUCGAGAAUUCUCGGCGGCUCCAGUUUUCCACACUCCCAGUAAUCUUGGAAUUCCGAUUAGAAUAUCAGGGAAUUUGAUCCGUAAAACCCACGGACAAUCUGAUUCUCACCUUAUCCCUUCCUUUCCGUUCAAUUCUUCUUUCUGAUCCUUCGAGGUCACGCAUCCGUUUGUAUGAAUCACAUGAAACCCCCCAUUUCAAAUCUUGGUGAGACGGAGUGUAGUGAGUGCGCUAGGGUGGGUCGGUUCGGUUUCCUGAAUCGAAGUCGGAAUGGGAGUGAGAGACGCGAUCAAUAGAACUCUGAUAUGCUUCGUGGUGUUCGGCGUUUUUCUAGUGGGGACUUUGAUUUACAUUGGAACAAUUGAUUACAGAUCGAGAUUCGCGAUAUUUGAUUCCCCUGUGAGGAACUCCGCGGGCUGCCCGGAUGCCAGGCAGCCCCUUAAGGUGUACAUGUACGAUCUGGAAAUGAAGUACAAUGUGGGGCUGAUGAAAGGCGGCCAUGUCAGCGGGAAGCCUGUGACGGCGUCUACUCUGCCGCCGUGGCCGGAUAGUUAUGGGGGGCUGAGGAGGCAGCACAGCGUGGAGUAUUGGAUGUUGGCGUCUCUGCUGUACGAAGGUAAUGAGGUGAAUGGUGCAGAAGAGGGGGAGUUCGUUAGAGUUUCGGAUCCCGAAUCGGCAGAUGUGUUCUUCGUGCCCUUCUUUUCCUCGCUGAGCUACAAUACAUACGUUAGGCACGGGGAUUAUUCAGAAGAGAAGUUUGAUGUCCAAUUGCAGGCUGAAAUUGUUGAAUUUCUGAAGAAGUCCAAAUAUUGGAAGCAAUCCGAUGGUAGAGAUCAUGUAAUCCCCUUGCAUCAUCCAAAUGCCUUCAAGUUUCACAAAGCUCAGGUUAAAAGGGCUAUUUGGGUUGUAGCCGACUUUGGCCGUGCUAACCGAAAUUUAUCUAAUCUGCGGAAAGAUAUUGUGGCCCCAUAUGUACAUGUGGUUGAAUCGUUUGUUGAUGAUGAUCCUCCAGACCCGUUUGAGUCUCGCCCCACACUUCUCUUUUUCCGAGGGAGGACAAUUAGGAAAGAUGAUGGAAGAGAUCGUUUGACAUUGCAGAAAAUAUUAGCUGGUGAAAGGGAUGUUGUGUUCCAAGGAAGUGAAGAUGUGACAAAUAUUGGCAUACAAAAUUCCACCAAGGGAAUGCGUUUGUCGAAGUUCUGCCUACAUCCUGCUGGAGACACUCCCUCAUCAUGUCGCCUCUUUGAUGCUAUAGUGAGCCAUUGUGUUCCUGUUAUUGUGAGUGACAAAAUUGAGCUACCCUAUGAAGAUGAAAUUGAUUACAGUGAGUUUUCUAUCUUUGUCUCACGCGAGGAUGCUAAGAAAGAAGGCUAUAUAGUGAAUCAGCUAAGAAAUGUUUCAAAAACAAGAUGGCUUGAGAUGUGGAGGCUGCUUAAAAACAUUUCCCAUCGCUUUGAGUUUCAGUACCCUCCUAAGAAGGGUGACGCUGUCAGUAUGUUGUGGAGGCAGGUUAGGCACAAGCUUCCUGCUGCAAAUCUUGAUGUACAUAGAAGCAAGAGGUUGAAGGUACCUGAUCCAUGGUGGAGAUAGUUCAAACCAUUCUUCUAAGUCACCCUCAUAUGUAAUCCUUCAUUCUUGGAAUAAUGAACGCCGAAAAUAGGGCUCUUUUGGUGAAUGUGUAACAAGAAUUGGUAGCAAGUCCAACAAGAGGCAAGGCCCACAAAAUUUGAAACAUGUGCACUACAAAAUGUGUGAAGAGAGGAGGUUUCAGAAGGAAAGGAUUACAGAACUAAAGACACACGAGGAAGAAGAAAAGAAAUUUUAGGGGGCCAUAAGCAAAGACCCCUUUCCUAAAAAUGAGUAGUGUUGAUUAGUCUAGAGUUUAUACCUUUUAGUUUUGGCAAGUGAUAAAUGUUACUCCGUACUACUAUAUAUUAACAAUUCUACGUAUUAUUUAAUUUUAUUCAUAAGUUUAACUAAAUUUAUCGUACGUAUAAUCUGUG